CUGUGUCCAAGCCAGAUACAGAGCUAGAUACAGGACGGUCAAUGAUGUUUGCCCAUCACAGUUCUGCAAUAUACUUCCCUUUCAGGCUGCGUACUAUGAGGUUUUAUAGCUUCAUAUCAAACCACAAAACUAACCACAGACGAAAUGUAGUGUAUGACAAACCACACCCAGUUUUGUAUAUGCAACAUAUGGCUCCUACUGUGUGGCAAAAAAUAUUUCUACUGAUAGCAUAAUUGGCAAUGUUCUUUGCCUCUGGAGAUUAUAGUAUCAUACGAAUUAAGCUAUGUAAUAGAGUUGCACAAAUACUAGUAGUUGGAGGAAUAUCUGGCUGCGAAAAUGAAAGUGAAAUAUUAAGUAAACAGGGAUGACAAAUAGUCCGAAAAUGAAAGUUCAUUCAUGAGCUACCUUUGUUCGUUCACAUUUAGAUUUAGAUACGCAUAUAUUUUCGUUUUCGAAAUUGAUAGAGUGCAGGUUAACAGUAGCUGUAUUUAAGACAUCGGAUAAGUUUGUAUCUCCAAUUUUUCAACUUCCUGCAAAAAACUGUAUGUUGUUAAACGCGUCCAUGUUGAACUGAUGUAUAUUCUCACUGCAAACGUUCAUCCAACGGGGAGACCCUUCAUUUCACCAUAUUUCUCAGGGUAGGUGCACCAGCAAUCUUACAUUUAGUUAACUAUCCAUUAAUGGAAGAAGAGGAGAAUGAAUCCAGUCCAUGACAGUACUUCAGAACCACACGCUGCACGAAGGCCUCGACUCCGCCCAUCCAAGACAGCGUCUACUGACCAGAUGACGAAGAAGAAUAGGAAAGAAGCAGUAUACCAUGAUGCACAAUGACGUUUGUGACAUUUCACAUGACACUUCUGCUGGCAGUUCUUGCGCCAGUGGUUGAGGGGCAACAACAAGCCAGGUACACCGAAGUCCCCAGAGACACCACUGUAGUGGAGGGGGAAAACGUUACCCUAAACUGUAGUGUCGAGAACAUCACUAACGACACAUCAGUCAAGUGGUUCGGCCCUCCUAAUUACCACUUCAGGACAGAGGGAAGAAACUCUGGCCACCCCAGGUACACGAUUGUCGGGGACCCGUCUGAAGACGAGUUUAACCUUCACAUCACCAGUGUCAGCAAGGCUGACGGCGGGCAGUUUCGGUGUUGGGUGAGGGAGGUGCGGGGAGACCCAGCAGAGGCCACCCUUACUGUUAAGGACCGCGUUACAAGCGCUGUCUCAAACGUGCACGCUUUUUCUUCGAAAUGUUUGAUCAUAUUGCAGUGUUUCGUGCUGAAAUUUCUGUGAUGUGAGACUGGAAUUCGAAGAUGUAGCCUGAAGACGUCAAGGGAGUUGGUUCGCUCUAGAAACUGUUCUAUUGCCAGACAAGCUCCUCUUGCAUACACUAGUAUAUUGUGUGCCAUUUGGGCCGAUUUAUACUCCUUCCAGCCGGUAUGGAAGAUGUGUGUUACCAUUGACGGUAAUACUAUAUGUAGUAAGACUUGAUGCAAUUCAUAAUAUAUGCUAUUUUAACAGAAAUUCAAUCUUGUUCAAAUUUUGCAAGUCACAGACUGCAUUGGUCUUUUACUACUGUUUUUUCUGUGGUUUGAAUUAAUGUGACGUUUGGAAAAACACAUACACACAUAUACUAUAGCUCUACACUGCCAUUGGACAAUGUAAAAGUAUAUUCAUACUGUAUAUUGUAAAAUGUAGCCUAUCAAGUAAAAGAAGUUAUAAGAGUUACAAGCUAUAAGUAAACUAACUCAACACAAAAGCAAACGUACAACAUCAAUACUGCACGGUUUAUCAAAUACAUGUAAACAUGCCAAAUGUUUUUGCCAAACGCCAUGUUCGAUGUCAUGAUCUUUUCUGGAACAAUCCAGAUCGCG